AUGCUCUUCUGUGCAGGAAGCAAACCAAUAAGGCGCAAGACCAGCAGCAAAAUCAUGGUAACAUCUGGUGGAACUGGACGCUCGCCCCUCAGCAUCCUGCAGGAUGAUAAUUCCCCCAGUGCUCUUGCACCUCGCCAGGGUAAGAGGCAUGCACUGGGGGAGAACCUUGGGGACAGGAAGGAAGUGACAAUGGAUCUUAGCAGGAGCCUUAAAUCUGGGAGCUGUACCUGGAGUGACUUGAACAAAGAGAAUCAGCAGUGUCCUUUUGUGGAGAAUUAGAUCUUCUUUCCCUGGAAAUUACUAUGAUUCUCCUCUAC